AUGCGGAUCCGCCUGCUCAUCGAGCGUAAUGAGCUGCCCUCUGUCUCUGUCCUCUGGUCCUUCCCACCCACUCAACUCUCCUCCACCAUCGCGCAAUUCCUCGAAAACGUCAACGUACGCUUUCCUCUAGAGGGGAACACUUGGGGAUUGGAAGACUACACUGUCACUCUAGGAGGAUACGAAGCCCAACACUACACCAAAGUCGGGGAAGUCUUCAAAGAGGACGAUGAGGUGGUCAUCAAGCCACUGCUGUUUGCUGAAGCGAGAGCCCGGACGAUUGGUGGAAGGGCACAGAUUACCGCUGAUGGGAGGAAGUUGUUGGAUGGCGUACCGUUUGGGAAGCCGUUGCUGAAGAGGAUGCGUAGACCUGAGGUGGAUAUUCCGCCGGCGAGGAAGAGGGCGAGGCUUGAGCCGGCGGCGGAGGAAGAUGAUGAUGAGGGAGCGAUGGUGAGGUUUGAGGAAGUGAUAAAUGAGGAUGAUGAAGACGAAGACGAAGAUGACGAGGAUGAUGGGGAUUUCGAAGAUGCGGAGGACGACCAAUCKGAAGACGAGCUGGAGGAUUCAGACGAUGAUGGAGAUGCAGAAGUCGAAGAGGCGGACUGGGACCAUGUUACAAAAUGGCGUGUCCCUAUUCGAGCGAUCUACUCUAGCCAAUGCUGUUUGCGCAAGAAGUAUUUGGUCCUCGUUUGGGAUGCGGAUGAGCAGCAUUUCAACUUGACUUGCGGCGAGGAUCCCGUCCGUGUACCUGGUAGCGACAAAGUCUUUACAAUCGGGAAGAAGGACGUUGCAGUCUGCUGGUCUACAGUUGAUUGGAGCAUCGAACGUGUUGAUCACAGGGCUAUACUCAAAGCUGCCCCAAACGCGUUUACAAUCAUCGAAUUCAAGGAUGGCUUGGGUCUAAGUGAAUGCUUUCUUCGACUCAUGGAGGCUACAAAGGAGACCAYGAAGAGUGUCCCAAUCAGCGCCGAAGAGAUGCAGCAUAGAUUUCCCGAGCAGAAGAAGCUUUUGCUAGCUGCUCGUGCUAAAGUAUGGGCAAACAACUCGGUCGACUCAGACGAUACCGGCAGCUCGAGCGAUGCUUCCGAGUCCGGCCUUGAAGAAGAAACAGAACAAGUAAUCAAUCCUUCUUCGCGCGAUUCUUCUGACGACAGCGAUUCCGAUAGUUCAAGCGGAUCGUCCAGCAGCGAAAGUGAUGAAAGUGGCAAGAACGAGGGAGAGGACGAUGAUAGCGAUAGCGACAGCGACAGCUCAAGCGAUUCUUCCGGCAGUGACAUCACUUGGAGCGGAAUUGAAACGAGCGAGACCGCACCACCAGCACCACCACCCGCUGUACAAGGUGCCGCGAAAAAAACAAAAGAGCGCAACAUCCGCCGGCGCGAAGCUGCUCGACUGAAACAUCUUAAGAAGGUGGGUGAACUUCCAGAAUCGACAACGCUGCAGCAGAUGCAGGAGUGGCUACGAACUGGAACACUCCCUCCAGUCCCUCAUGUAGAGGCGAGUGGUUCUCAAACGAGCACCGAGGCUUCAAAAGAUCAAGAUUCGGUCGCACGGGAGCUGGAGAAGAAGCGUCAACRGUUGAUCAGUGACAUCAACGGCGGCGGCAUUGACGUGUCCACAGAAUCAAAAAUCGCUGUGCCCGCCAACAUGCACCCACCUCAAGUGAGGAAGCCCAAAAAUAAGAGCAUUGCAUCGUCUCCGCUCUUAGAAGAUGACGAUGAUCGCCCGGAGGAGAUAGCAAUCGCCACGGAGCCAGUUACAGUCUACCCAGCCACUGUCUCUACGCCCACAGCUGCUGCAAAAGAUUCUCCAGCACUUUCAUCACUGUCUGCAGCGGCGGCGAAGCGCCGCCAGGACAUGUCAAACGCUGAAGAGCCCACAGAGGGCCCAAAACGGGUUAGCGCGGCUCAUCGCCUUAUCUACGGAUCCCUAGGUUUGAGGGCGCCGAAAACGCAGGCUGAUAAGGAUGCUCUGCAGGAAAAGCUCGCCAGUCGAAUGAAGAAGGUUGCUGCUGAAGUCGCAGUCGCGGAGGAGGAGAUUGAGGAUGAAGACUCAGAAGCGUGGAGGGAGAGGGUCAUGAUCAGCGCCGUAGAAUGCCUCGACGAAGGUGUUGAGCUCAGCGAACCACCAUUUCCGUUCCAGCAGAAGUGGGAUCCGCAGUAUUGGAGUCAGAAUGUCAAGAAGCGGAACGCAAGCAGAGGUGGGCAGGGAGGCAGGAACAAGAAAAGAAAGAACAAUGGCGGAGAGUUAGUGGAGGUGUACGAUAAGUACAAUCAAGACGGAGGCGGAGACGCGCUGAACUACGACGAUCCUGUGGACGACGAUGAAGAGUAUUGGGACGAUGGGGAGGAUUGGCAGGACGGUGCUCUGUUAGGUGCCGAGGAUGUGAAGGACGAAGAUGAUGGCUUUCCGGCUCUACCUAAGGAUCUCACCACUCUUGCUUCGCUAACAGAAGCGGACGCCCAGGUCGGCGACUUUGUGGUCUUCACCGAAAUGGCGUGCUCAGAUGCUACGGGAUGGCAGCCAAAAAUUGUCACCACUAUCGGAUGUCUCGAUUCCAACGGCGAGGAUGCGUGGAGUGUGCGUGUCUCAACUCGAGGUGAGAAAGAGUACGACGAAAAAGGUAAUCGGAUUUACAAGAAGUUCGAGAUGGAAGGCUUUGACGAUGACGAUAUAAGGCAAAUGGCUUGGUCAGAGAUGAUGGACGUGAAGCUCUUGCUGCGUCCCGCCCAGGCGAUCGACCAGGCCGAAGCUGCAGGUGUGGAAGAGCAGAUCCAGRGCCAGCUCGAGGGAGAGAUGGGAAAGGAGGCGUCUUCGAUUGAUCAGUAG